AGCAUGACAGAUCAACCUGCAAAAAAUAUUACAUAUACAGACUUUAAACUGAAUGGUUUCCACAGCUUUGGAGAAUGGAGACCUUUGUUAUUCAUCCCAUUCUUUCUGAUGUUUGUAUUGUCUAUCUUAGCGAAUUCUACUCUGAUAUAUUUAAUCAAAUCCCAGCAGUCUCUGCAUUCACCUAUGUAUGUACUUAUAGGUUUUAUGGCUUUUUCAGACUUGACAUUGCCUAUGGUUUUUGUACCCAAUAUGCUACUUAACUUAUUGUUUUAUUGGACUGAGAUAUCGUUAAAUGGUUGCUUGAUACAAAUGUUUUGCAUUUAUUUUGCUGGAUCAUUUCAUUCAACUUUGCUUUUCUGGAUGGCACUAGACCGUUAUUUUGCAAUAUGCAAACCUCUUUACUAUCAUAAAUACAUGGAAAUUGGCAGUUUCAUUAAGUUUGUUGUUGGGCCAGUAAUGAGAAAUGCAUUUCUGGUAGUAACCAUGGUCUGUCUGGCUGGAAAACUGUCAUAUUGUACAAAUAUAAUCGAUCACUGUUUAUGUGAACACAUGGCAUUGGUUCAGUUGGCAUGUGGUGAUAUAUCUAUUAAUAACAUUGUAGGUCUUUUGUCUGCUUUUCUUAUACCCACUACAGAUUUUAUUCUCAUUUCUGCUUCAUAUGUUGUGAUUUUUGUCUCAGUGUUUAAAUCUGGUAAGGGUCAUUUAAAGGCCAUUAAUACAUGUAUUACUCACCUUAUUGUUAUGACGCUUAGCUUGUCCUCUGCCCUGAUUGCAUUUUUGUUAUACAGAAUAAGUAAUCAUAUUUCUUCAAGCACACGUAUAUUUAUAAGCAUCAUGUACUUACUUGUUCCAAGUUGUAUUAACCCACUAAUCUAUGGAUGGAGAACAAAAGAAAUAAGACAAACAUUUCUGAAGUUUAUAAAAACUGGAAAAGUUUUGCCUUUUUAA